AUGCGCGGUACCGCCCAAUGGUUGGAGCAUGCGUAGUGAUGACUCUGGGGACAUCUCUUGUCUGUCGUCUCUCCAAACCGGGAAGAAUGCGGGAACGCGGAGGGAGCGAUGGAGUCGGCACAUGGAUGGGGAGGGUUUCUGAAUAACUGGUGAAGGCCUCAAAACCCGAAAUCGAACCUGCAGUUCCCGCUUUUGCACUUCGGGUCUUCCAAGAAAUAGGCCCAGAUUCAUGGCCAACAUCGUCGGUCAGCAGGGAGUGGAGUGCAUGCGCGGUAUUGGUGACGUAAUGGGGGGAUUAGGAGAGGAUAAUUUGCAAAACUUUCUGAAGAUCUGACAAAGUCACUUGAUUCAUCAGGACCUGAACAUCAUCGACAUUUGCAUGUGGAAGAAGAAUUUUUUGUAUGUUCUGUUGUGGGAAGAUUUCAAACAUCAGUGUGACUGGAGAAACACCGAGACAGACAGAAACACACCAAAAUGACUGUGGAAAGAGCUUUAACUAGUUACACAGCCUGAAAAAACAUCACACCAUUCACAGUGGGGAGAGACUGUGAACGUGUUCUGUGUGUGGACGAGGCUUCAACUGAUCAUCCAACCCAGAGAGAUACAAGAACACAGACACCAUGGAGAAACCGUGGAAAUGUGGAGCCUGUGGGAAGGGAUUCAGAUCCCCGUCUGUGUUGGAAAUUCAUCAACGCAGUCACACUGGGGAGAGGCCAUUCGCCUGCUCAGAGUGUGGGAAGGGAUUCACACGACUCACCCACCUCACUGCACACCAACUUGCUCACUCUGACAUGAGACCUUUUAAAUGUUCCAACUGCGAGAAGAGCUUUAAAAGAAAACAAAACCUGCUGACUCACCAGCGAGUUCACACUGGAGAGAGGCCAUUCACCUGCUCUGAGUGUGGGAAGGAAUUCACUCAGUUAUCCAGCCUUCAGUUACACCGGCGAGUUCACACUGGGGAGAAACCAUUCGCCUGUCCUGAGUGUGGGAUGGCAUUCACUCAGUUAUGCAAACUGUCGGAUCAUCAGAGAGUUCACACCGGAGAGAGACCAUUCACCUGCUGUGUGUGUGGGAAGGGAUUCGCUCAGUUAUCCACCUUGCUGAGACACAAGCGCAUUCACACUGGGGUGAGACCAUUCACCUGCUCCAAGUGUGGAAAGGAAUUCACUCAGCUCGCCCAACUUACUUCACAUCAACGUGUUCACUCUGACACGAGACCUUUUAAAUGCACCAACUGUGAGAGAAGCUUUAAAGGCAAAAUGGAUCUGUUGACUCACCAGCGCACUCACACUGGAGAGAGGCCGUUCACCUGCUCUGUGUGUGGGAAGGGAUUUGUUCUGCAUUCCCUCAGGCUGAAACACCAGCGCAUUCACACCAGGGAAAGAUCGUUCACCUGCUCCAUGUGUGGGAAGGGAUUCUCUCGUUCAUCAACCCUGCAGACACACCAGCAAGUUCACAAGUUGCAGGGGUUGGAUUCUGCUCUUAUUGCUGCUGUUAAUCACAUCCAGGAGUGAACCAUGCUCAUUCUGAAAGUUGGAGUUUGUUUCAGUUGAUAUUAUUAAUCUCUGUAACCGGGAUGGAGUUUAAUGUUCUGGACAUAGAUUAAAUAAAUCUGCUUUGUGUCAAA